AUGGAUCCCCAGGCAAACGACCAGCCGAAUAACGCACCAGCGCCACUACCAGACUUCGUCCAGAUAGGUGAAGCGUAUGGGAUCCUUCAUCGCCAAUACCCUCUGAUGCAGAAUGUGCCUGGACACCGAGAUGUCUUAAACGCUGUUUAUGAUCUCCGCGCCCAUAUCGACCAUCGCUUCACGCUUAUCGAAGGUCGUAUUGCUGGAAUAGAGGGCCUACUUGGGGAGAUCCGCAAUAAAGAGCGCAACAGUGCAACCCAGGCUGAUAAUGCCAGAGCCUUUCUUGGACUUCAUUCAACACAGUUGCAGCCCCUUCUUAAUGUUAGAAGUGGAAAUGCAAUUAAUGGCUUCCCUUGUACAAUUAGAGAGCUCGAGGGCCUUAAUGCUGCUACUGCUGAUAGAAUCCUGAACGAGCUUCAGAUCCCUUUCAACCACCCAAUAACUUACACCGUCUACUCUGGCAAGAUCCGCAACAUGUUCACAGUGUUCAUCAAUAAGUCACAGUCGGGUCAACGCAAAGCAUUCGGAGUUCUCAAAAACAACAAGCAAUAA